AUGUUCAGGGUCAUUGUCCUGCUGGAAGACCCAUCCAUGACCCCUACGGAGGUUUCACAGUUACCGGAUACUGUGGCGGGGACUGUUCUGCUCACUCAGGAGGACUCCCGGAACAAGAGCUCAGGACAAAAGAAGAAGAACAGGGAACGUGGGAAGACCACUGAUGAGGACAUGCAAGAAGAGGAAGAGGAGUUUUAUGAUGGCGAAGAAUACAGUUAUGAAUACGAGGAAGAACUUCCUACAGAUGUCCUCUUGGCCUCUCAGGAGAGGAAAAACAACACACAGGAGGAAACAUCACUCCCUACGCCUCCCAUCACGACAGAAGAACAACACAAGCAUCUGUCCUCUGGAGCUCAAGGUUACAACAGCUGGAAUAAGAAGCACGAAGACUCUGAACUUCAAACACUUAGCAGGAAGCAGAGGCAAGAACGAAGUGAGAGGCAGCGAUACAGCGAUACAGAAACCCAAGGGGGAGGAAAGGAAGAAACUGAAGCUGAAGAAGUGGAGGAGUGGGAAACAGAACAACACAAAGUGAUAGAGACAGAUCGAUUUACAGAACCAGACCCUGAUCCCAUCUAUGAGGAGGAGAGGAGUGGAGACUACGACUGGGAGACAGAGGAGGACGGGGAAAUUGGUGAAGGAGGACAGAAGGGCGAGCCAGGUAUCGGCCACAGGGGUCCAGAAGGCCAGGCUGGUCCUCCGGGACUCAAGGGUGAACCAGGUGAGCCGGGGCCUCCGGGUGCCCAGGGCAUCCAGGGUAUCCGUGGUCACACAGGCAUGCAGGGCUCCCAGGGGCUUAGGGCUGCUCAAGGGGACCCAGGAGACCCAGGCAGAGAGGGGGAACGGGGAAAAAGGGGAAAGAAUGGAUCGCCUGGAUCUCCUGGAACCCGAGGAGCAGCAGGUGCUCAAGGUUCUCCUGGGAUUCCUGGAGUAAAAGGAGAAAAGGCCAGCAGUGCUCCUGGAGAGCCCGGGGCCCGGGGGCUGGCAGGCUUCUCAGGCAGGAAGGGUGAAAAGGGUCCUAUAGGCAAUAAAGGACCGUCUGGAAAUUUAGGUCCAAAGGGUUUGCGUGGCAGCAAAGGUGGAAAGGGUGACUUUGGAUUGCCUGGAGUGAGAGGAGAAAGGGGGAAUGUACUUCAAAUCCAAGGACCCCGUGGAUUUAAGGGUUCCAAAGGAGAGGCGGGUGAGCGUGGCCCACCAGGUUUCGAUGGAGAUAAAGGAGAAAAGGGCGAGGACGGUCCUCCUGGAGUCAAGGGCAUAAAGGGUGAUGCAGGAACUAAGGGGGCAUUGGGACGUUUUGGAGCACGAGGACCAGUAGGCCAGAAGGGAGAUUCAGGAGAGCCUGGAAUAAAUGGAGAAAUGGGUCUCAAUGGGGAUUAUGGAGUGGAUGGGGCCAAGGGGGACAAAGGAGACAUAGGACUGUUCGGCCAAAAGGGAAAUCAGGGUGAUGCAGGAGAACCAGGCUUACCGGGAAACAUAGGGGAGAAUGGAGAAAAGGGUUUCAGAGGUCUACCGGGACGCAUUGGGAGUCCAGGCCUUGAUGGAGAACAGGGAGAUUUGGGGUUACACGGCACGCCUGGUAUACCUGGGCUGAAUGGACUCACAGGACGCAAGGGUGAUAAGGGACAAGGAGGCGUCAAUGGUGUUGAUGGUAAAUCAGGAGUGAAAGGAGAUAAGGGUGCAGCAGGUUUCCCAGGAUUCCCAGGGUUUAAGGGGUCGGAAGGGAAAACAGGAAUGGACGGAGAUGAGGGAAUGCCAGGACACCCCGGACCCCGCGGGGAAACAGGGCGGAGGGGGGAGAGGGGCAGAAGAGGCAGAGUGAAGACUUGUCAGAGAGGAGCCCCUGGGACAACAGGAAUAAGAGGAGAGAGUGGUACACUGGGCAUUGAAGGAGGAAAAGGGGAGAAGGGGGAGCCUGGACUCUCGGCUGAAGAAUUGAAGGAGAUAGUCACUCAGGAGGUGGUAGAGAAGUGCGGAUUGGAAUACAAGUUCAUGGUGAAGUCUGUGGAUCCAGAUGGAACCACUGCAGUGACUGAGAAUAAAAAACAUCCGGUUGAUGUAGUGACACCCGUCAACCCUGACCUCCCUGAAGAAGGGGUGGAGGAGGGAGGGGGAGCCAAACUGGGAGAAGUGACCACUGCUGCCCCUGUGCUCCAACCAAACAGCACUGAUUCUCUUGAGGGGACUGCUGAGUGGAGACAGAGGAAGAAAAGAAGGGUACUUGGAACCAACACAGCUGAGCGCUGUCUGGAGCCGAUGUCAGAGGGGGCCUGCUCAGAGUUUGUUCUCCUCUGGUACUUCCACCCUCGCUCAGGGGAGUGCAGGCCGUUUGUGUACGGAGGCUGUGGAGGAAACACAAACCAAUUCUCUUCAACACAAGAGUGCCAGAGUUGGUGUGGGGUGCAGAGGAGAGGUACGAAUCCUGGAGAGGAAACAAUCAACCAAAAAUGAGGAAAUCAUUUGUGUACAUAACGUUGUAAAAUGUUCGAAUCGUGUGUUUUUUUGUGGAUUUAUUUAUAUAUUUUAACGGCUUGAUUUUUUUAGAGACAAAGUUUUGAAAAUCGAAAUGUGAAUUUUAUAUACUUUUAUUCUGAAAUAGACUGGCAUUAGACUGAGUUUUUUAAAGUCCGAAAAUAUCAAUUUCCAUCCUGAAAUAUUAAAUCACUCUUCACCCUUGUCUAUAUUUGUCGUGCUCGUCUUUUCUCUCCAUCUCUCUUGAAUACUCAGUCACCUUUCUGAUGUUUUCAUAAAGUGCCCUGCCUCCUGUGUGGUGAGAACCAAUAAGAAGCUGAUUUCUGAAUGCCUGCUGCUACCUCCACCACUACAUAUGUUUCUUUGGUAGGGGGUGUUAUGGGUCAGGCUGGGAGCCGCAUGAGGGGGAUUAUGCAGGGACUGUUGAAGGGACUCUCCAUCGAAGCGGCGCAGCAGGAGCAGGGGAUUCCUGCGUGGGUGUUGAAGUGACGGCAGCACGCAUUCAGGGCUUUUUUGCUGGCAAUGUGACACACGAAGAAGCAC